AUUUUGAUAAUUUGUGAUUACUAAAUUAUUUAUUUAUUUAUUCUACACGUUAUCCGGGAACAAGGUCAAGAUAACCUGUCUCACCAUUGUUUGAUUCUGUGCAUCGACAUGCACAACGACCACCCACCAUCGCACUCUCCACCACAGUCAACAUUGCAACCUACGAAUGCUCUCGCAGGCCCUUCGCACCAGUAUGCGAUACCACCAGUAUUUCUACCCGAUCCAUUACCAGAACGUCGAAAGCCAAGGUUCACGAGCACUGAAGACCUCAUCACCCGAUUCCAGCUUCUACCGACCUACGACCGCUAUGUGCGACCCUAUGCUAACCUCAGUGGCGCACAAGCCCCGACUGCCGGAGCGAUCGACAAAGGCAAGGGUAAGGAGCGAGAACGCGACCAGUCGACACCCUCUGCCGUGCAGACCCCAACCGCAGCGAACGAAGGCGAGGAGGAGGAGAGUCAGGCCAAGGGCGAGAAGAAGUGGAAGAAUAAUUAUAAGCAUCUCAUCAAGGACAUACCUGGGAAACAUUCAAUGAAGAAAGAUGAUUAUCUUAUGACUAUGAUGCAAGCCCCGCCUAAGCAACGUAACAGGAUCGUACCAUUCGACCUCCGAACCCAACGGGAGGCGUUCUCUGUUAGUCUGGAAGGUCUCAAAGGCUGGAAUAUUAAUGUCUUGGUUGCCGAAUCGCCACAAGCGCGCGAGGAUAGGAAACGAAGAAAAGAGCUCAAGAGGCUCGCGAAGGCGCAGGCCCAAGCUCAGGCAUCACCAGGCGCUCUGUCGGCAGCGACACCAUCUGCACGUCCAGCGACGCCAAGUGCAGCUUCAGUGGGGACCCCAGGCCACCCGCCAGUAAGAACGGGCACACCCAAACCCGGUAUUCGACCCCAAGCGCGAGGUAGGACACCGGCGCGCGUCGGUACGCCUCGGUCUGUGUCUACCCCAGGGGGACCUGUCCCCGCUGCUCCAUCCUCAGUACCUACAAGCACAUCGGCACCAACCCAGCUCCACCAAGUAUCGACACCUGCACCGACGCCAAAAGCGGGUCCUACAUCUGCAGAGGUCAGGCGAGGCAUCAAGCGCGAACGAGAAGAUUCUGCUUCGGCGCCGACGCCGACUAAUGGCAAUGGCAUGCCGCCAGUGGUGACAAAUACGGGCGUGAAGCCACACAUUGUUGUCAAUUCCAAAGCAGGCAUCAACGGCGUACGGCCGAGGAAGAAACAACGUGUGUUUACUUAGCAGGACCCUCAGGGCCAGCCGUUGGCCGUCCAGCAGCCUACUCCUCGUGCAUGAUCUGAUUACGAAUCGUCACGUUUUGCAUUUGCGCCACUCUACACAUUAUUCCGUAGCACUACAUUCUCACUUUGGAUACCCACCAUCAAUACACAUGGGGGCCAUUGUUUUAGCGACAUUUCAGUUGAAUGUCCAACCAACUUUCCCCUGUUGACAUUACGGAUAAGAUAAGAUAAGAUUCCUGUU